AUUUCUGCUGGUGAAACCUCUCUAGGGUUAAAACCUUAAUGCUAAAGUAAGGAGCUUAUUGUUUGCUUCUCUCCGGCUCAAUCCCUUUUUCCUAACUCUUAAGACUGCAGCCUGCAAGCUCACACCUGAUACAAACAUCUUUUGAAAGGUCCAGCCGCAACCAAACGCAAAGAUGUGCGACCAGACGUUUUUGGCCAUCACGUUUGGCCCGUGUGAUAACUGCAGUCAGAACAAACCUCUGAUGAAUAUUUAUCUAAAGAAUGAGCCCAUCAACUACUGCUCCCUGUGUGUGGAGCUGAUGGCCUGUCAGGGACUAGCAAAAGGUGAAACCAUCCACACGCUGAAAGCGGAGUCUGAGACUUUGAAAGGCAAACUAGAAGAGGAGAGAGCUAAACUACACGACGUCGAACUGCAUCAAGUGGCAGAGAAGAUAGAGGCUCUAGGUCAAUUUGUCAUGAAGACUAGGAGAACCUUAAAAGGACAUGGAAAUAAAGUGCUGUGCAUGGACUGGUGCCGGGACAAGAGAAGAAUCGUCAGCUCCUCUCAGGAUGGAAAAGUCAUUGUGUGGGAUGCAUAUACAACCAAUAAGGAGCAUGCGGUCACUAUGCCCUGCACCUGGGUCAUGGCUUGUGCUUAUGCCCCUUCUGGCUGUGCUGUGGCUUGUGGUGGUUUGGAUAAUAAAUGUUCCGUCUAUCCUCUUUCUUUGGAUAAAAAUGAGAACUUGGCAGCUAAAAAGAAAUCUGUGGCCAUGCACACCAACUAUCUGUCAUCCUGCAGCUUCACCAACUCUGACAUGCAGAUUCUCACAUCAAGUGGUGAUGGGACAUGUGCAUUAUGGGAUGUUGAGAGUGGGCAGCUGCUACAGAGUUUCCACGGUCACUCAGCGGAUGUUCUUUCAUUGAACCUCGCGCCCUCUGAAACAGGAAACACCUUUGUAUCAGGGGGCUGUGAUAAAAAAGCUAAUGUGUGGGACAUGCGCUCGGGACAGAAUGUUCAGUCCUUUGAAACGCAUGAGUCCGACAUCAACAGUGUGAAGUAUUACCCUAGCGGAGAUGCUUUUGCAACUGGAUCUGAUGACGCUACGUGUCGCCUGUAUGACCUGCGAGCUGACCGUGAGGUUGCCAUCUACUCCAAAGAGAGUAUCAUAUUUGGAGCCUCUAGUGUGGACUUUUCCCUCAGUGGUCGAUUGCUGUUUGCAGGAUAUAAUGACUACACCAUUAACGUCUGGGAUGUCCUGAAAGGUACCAGAGUGGCAAUUCUCUUUGGCCAUGAAAAUCGGGUCAGCACCGUCAGAGUGUCCCCUGAUGGGACCGCGUUCUGCUCAGGCUCAUGGGACAACACUUUGCGGAUCUGGGCUUGAAGAGUUCUUCUGCAGCAGUGUGAGAAGAUAUUUGUACUUUGGCUUCUCAGUAUCACAGCACACAGUGGGACUUAUCUAGAGGUCCUUAUAGUUAUCUUAGCACAAUUAGAUGUCUCUUUUCCAUGGAUUCUCACUAAAUAAAUAAAUAUAUAAAUAAUAAUAUAUAAAUAUAUUUAAGUAUAUAUAUAUAUAAUACACUAUUUGAAAAGGAUUGCCGUUGAAUAAUUCGUUUGUAAAAUAUUUUUUUUAAUUAAAACAUAAAUGUUUUAAGAUAAAUAACUAUACUUUUUUUAGAUAUAUUUUAGUAGGAUUACUUGUGCAUUUGGUCUAGAUCAAAUACGUAUUUUUUUAGAAGUCUUGAAAUUUACAUUCAUGAAUGAGUUUUGCUUGC